AUGUCGGAUGAUACGUUUUCUCAGCGGACACGAUUGCGGCAGUUUGAAUUAAUUGUGGAAAAGAAAAGUAUUUUCGUGAAUGCUCAUUAUCUAGCGGAAUUGUCGCCAUAUUUCAAAAUGCUUUGCUUUGAAGAUACAUUUCGAGAAGCUCAAAAUGGUCGAGCUGAGUUAGAAGAUGAAACAUAUGAUGAAGUCAUUGAAUUACUUCGUUUUAUAUGUCCAAAUGAUAAUUACGUCAUCAAUAGAAGUAUCACAGAAUGCAAUUUUCCCUUGCUCACUCAUUUCUCAAACCUGAUGCAAUUGCGAGAUUUACGGCGUCAACUUGAAAGUUACGUUGAAAAUGAAGUUCGUAUGGAGAAAUACAGACCAAGAGAUAAGAAUUUACUGGAGAUGAUCGUUGAAGCAAUGAAUGCUUCUUUUCCACCAGGUCUUAUGGAUAUCAUGUAUCAGAAAUUGGCUCGAAUUGAUUUGGAUCAUAUUAAGGCUCUUAUCAAAGAUCUCCCAAAUCAGUAUUCGCAAGCAAUAUUAGAAGGCGCUCAAAAAUUUUUUCGUGUUUAUCCUAUGCGGUUACCAUAUCGAUCCUCGUACAAUUAUGAUCAGUUUCAGCAAAGAAUCUUUUAA